ACCCACCUUCCCCCGCCCGUUCAAGCGACCUGACACAAGCUCAGCAUCAUCCAACAUCAUUCAACAUCCUCCAGCCAAAGAGCAAAGAAGACAACGCAAAGAGCAUCUCCAACCUCCAAAUCAACCGCUAAAAUGGCCACCAUCUCUCUCUACGAUGCCUCCAUCGGCGUGAGCACCAACGCCCUCCUCACUCUCCUCGACAUCAUGAAGAAGGCCCAGGCCCACGCCGAGGCCGAAACCCUGGCGUCAUGCCGCCUCAUCGAGGACAUGCUACCCUUCAGCCAGCAGGUCCUCAUCGUGAGCAACUUCGCCAAGAAGUACGUCGAGCGCCUGACGGGCCGCGAGCUCGAGGUGUGGGAGGAUAACGAGACGACCCUCGAGCAGCUCGUCGCCCGCGUCCAGAAGACCCUCGACCUGCUCAAGACGGUCUCGCGCGCCGACGUCGACGGCGCCCAGCGCGCGAAGGUCAGCCUCAAGAUCGGCCCCUUCGACCCCGUCGACGUCACCGUGCAGGAGUAUGUGCUCGGCUACGGCAUGCCGAACACCAUGUUCCACUUGACCACCGCGUACGACAUCCUGCGGAUGAAGGGACUCGACCUGGGCAAGAAGGACUUUUUGACCCACUAUACGGCGGGCUGGUUCCCGGUGCCGAAGUAGGGUGGGUGAAGAACGAGUAGGUGGAAUGGAGAAAAGAAUGCAUGCUUAGCUAGGUGGGAAAUAGGACCUGGAG